GAUUGAGAAAAGCUGGGGACCGAUGACCGAGUUUAGAGAGGCAAGGGAGAAGCACAAAGCUCAGUGGACCACCUCUGCAGCUGUUCACCAUGUCGCUAGUAUCGAUGCUCCACCCGUCGUCGCUCGCCGUCGACGGCAUCAUCCUCACCGUCUGGAGCAUUACUCCCCUAUCCUGGGUCUACGUGGGCGUGUCGAUUGCGAGGUGUUUUGGGCAUACCGUCCCCCUGGUACCACCGAUCCCGGUUUUCCACUACCCGCUCCUCUUCUGGUCGACUGUCGAGCUCGUCUUCAGCCUCUAUUACCUCUACCUCGCCCGGAGGCUCCAAGCAAAAGGUCCGGCACCUGUGUACGGACGACGGUUCCUGCGCCAGGUGUUUGCGCGUGCUCUCGAGAGUGGCAUGGACGACGUGGAUUACAAUGGCACAGAAAAGGACGAGCAGGGCGUGGCCACAGCGACUGGCGCAACGAGAUCGGAUCACGCUGGAACUCUCCGCCAACGAGGCGGCCAACAAGGGUCAUCGUUGAACCCUUUGGCUACGAAGCGACUCCGAGCCGCCAGCUUACUGCCUCGUUUCGUCGAUCAGGAACCCUUGGACAAGGACGAUCCCCGGGCAAGGGCUUUCGCGGAGGCGCAGGCCAUGUGGUUUCCAGGCUCGUCUGUGGAGGACAUCACCCGACGAGACGCCGAACGCUGGCUCGCGUGGUCCCUCUACGGGGCCGAGCUCGACGAUAUCGAGGCUGAGCGGCAAAGGUCGCCCACCACCACCAAGGAUACCGCAGCAAAGAAUGGCAGCGACAAAGCUCAUCUUACGGUAUCGGCACUUUCAGCUCUUCGAGGCGAGAUCUCGAGCCCUGUGCCACCUCCGCGAGGGUCGUUCGCCAGCCAGGUGUAUGAUAGCGAGGACGAUGAUGAAGAGGAUCUCGAAGGUCCGUUUGACCUGCAGAAGGAGGACAAACGGGGAGUCCGUGCGGCGCCGGGCGAAUGGGAUGCCGAUCCAGUCCGCGGCGACCGUCUCGAGUUCCUUCACUAUUGUCGAGAGCUCAUCGAAGCCAGACAAGGCUUUGCGUUUCCUCUAGAGACAAAGGAUUGGAAGCCGCUGCCAUGUAUGCGUCUCACGAUUGAUCCAGUCGUCAUUGCCUCAAGGCCUCUGGCGCUCUAUCUCAUCACGAACGCCCUCACUUCAUUCACAAUCUGGCAUGCCCAGCGGCAAGGUUUCAAGCUCGAGAAGCUCGGCAGGCUGCGCUACCUCAUCUUCAAACCCGACGGCUGGACUUCUACAAAAGCUGAGAGCGAUCCGCGCUAUCGUCCUAUCGUUUUCCUACACGGCCUCGGCAUCGGCCUUGCACAAUACGGCGCCUUUGUUCGUCACCUCACCCGCACCGGUCUGACAUCAACGCAUCCUCUUUUGAUUCCCUUGUCACCGCACACGUCGCAAGCCAUCUUUGAUCCCGGCCACAUCAAUCCCAUGAUGCAUCAUGAAUCGACGGCCCACCUUCGCCGUGUAUUCAAGAAGCAAGGAUGGAUGCGCUGUGGGGUCACCGUCAUCAGCCAUUCGAUGGGAACCUGUGUCCAUGCGUGGUUGCUCAAGUCGGCUGGCGACUUUGUCAGACGAUCGUGCAUCGUCGACCCGGUCUGCUUUCAGCUCUGGGUUCCCCACAUCAUCUCCAACUUUCUUUACAAGAGGCCUGAUUCGCCCGUCAUGCGAGUCAUUUCCUACUUUGUCGCGCGGGAGCCUGGCACGGCCCACACGCUCCAACGCCACUUUGACUGGUCCUCGUGCCUCUUGUGGCCCCAGGACGAGAUCCCAAAACUCCACGACCCUCACCAUGUGCAGGUCUAUCUCGCAGAGGACGAUGUCAUCGUUGCGGCCAGCGAGACGCGCAGGUAUCUCCGACAAUUUGGCAUGAAAGAGCAGUCCGACGUUGGUCCGGGACAGGGCUACAAUCUGACGUUUGUCAAAGGCGCCGCCCACGGUGAAGUUCUCAUGGCCGGUGGCGCCAUCAUGAAGAACAUCGUGUCUUGGCUCGAUGAGGCUGGCUCGUGAGCGGCUUUUCUCAAAUUUCUCUACAUAUCGGCUUGUGAGGAUUAAUCAAUAGACAGCGAAGCAAAGCAGACAUAGAGCAGCAUGAUCAGAUGGAAUGGAUCGAAAUUGCACAGCAGUUGAGGCAGAUGAACAGAACACCUUUUGAGUUGCAGACCUAGGGGACCGCAGUGAGGCAGAACUCUCUCUCUUCG